UAUAUUAUGACCGCCGAAGUACGGGCGACAAAGUUCGCAAAACGCUGCCUUUUACUGUUGCAGCGGACCCCGACCAAGUCUUGGCAAUGGGCGGAGCUGACUUCCAUGACAGCACCACGGUUUCAGCCUUUAUCUCCGAGACAACUGAGAUUGACGUCACUGCGGUUAUACGGGCCACUGUUGAUACAUAUUUUGUGACAGUUUCAACCCCAGUCAGCAGUGGAUCAGCACUUGCUACCGUUAAUUCUGUCGCAAUCACAAGGAUUGGUUCCAACCUUUUAUGUAUGGAAGGGAGAAUUCUGACCUUGACCUCACAGCAGUAUGUGUCACACAGCCAGGUCAUAACCAUGACCUAUGACCUUGGACCUGUUACUAACCCAGAUUUUGCGGCAAGGAGCUCUUUUCUGCUUCCAUCCAAUGACACAAUGGAAGAAGAGAUUGAUUUCAUCAUUUCUGUUCAAAUUACUGAUCAUGUGAUGAAUGUGCAAGGUGCUCUGGUUGCCAUAGAGACAACAUUGACCGGCCAAUCAGGAGUCUCAUAUACUAGCCAAUCAUAUGUCCAGGUUCAAGUUAGUGGGACUGAGACACCAGAGCUAAUUUUUGACUUUGCUAUGGAACAAUUUAGUCAUUGGGAGAAGAUUCCAGGUGACAAUGUCACAUGUAGUGUCUCACUGCGUCUGACGAACACAUCGACCGCACAUGCACUAGAUGUGGCACUGCACAUUAUGACACCAUAUUACAUUGGCUUGAGCGAGCUUCCGAAUGUCACCACUGCCGACGCCAACGUCAUUACCUAUUUGCCGGAACCUGGUCUUAAAUUAUCUAUUUGGGAGAUAGACUUUACCGAUGUCGUAACGUUUUCCAUCAUGCUCAUGCUUGACCCAAACCGGAAGAUACCGAUUGGUUCUACCAACGUGGAGACAGUUAUUCCUGUAGACCUUACAUAUCGAGGUGCUGUUCGGGCAGACCGGGCUGCCACAGGAGUUAUUUACACUGACAUACUUGUGAACGAGUUUGGAUUUGAUACGGAGCUACCUGAUGUCCUAGGGCUACAAUCAGGGGCAGUACUGGACUGUCAGAUGACCGCCUCCUCCUAUCUAGACCCCAACACUCCUUCUAGCGGCCGCCUCAUCACUGGAAUUGGCUGGAAACCAUCUGUUCGUGGGGAGCCAUUUUGUGGAAGUGAGUGGCUUCAGGUGGAUUUUGGUUCCGACACGUAUGUUACCGGAUUCAAGCUCCAGUCGAGCAAUGAUGACGCCCAGGAUGUUGUUUCCUCAUUUACCGUGAAGUACAGUUUGAACGGUUAUGCUUGGUACGACAUCACUGAAAUGGAUGGCGUCACCCCCAAGUCAUUUACCCUCUCAGUUCCUGGAAAUGCGAACAGAAAUGAUGUUUACGAUGUCACCCUAUUGGAGAAGGAGCGUUUUUCUGCGCGCUACAUACGUGUGGUCUCCACUGACGUACGAUGCACUGUGGGGCUACGUUUGGAGGUACUGGGUGUCAAGUCAACGACGAGUGCAUAUGACUGUUCAAGCGUGACGUCAAACACCAGCCCACUUCCAGAGCAGAGUUACGUGGUGAACACGGACACAGGAACCAUCUUAGUCUGUGGAGCUAGCGAGGUCGACGGUGAUGUUGUUUGCUCAAAAUCAGAUGAUGCAGGGACAUCAUGGCAGCCACUUGACGAUAACAUUGGAAAUAUCGUUGCUGUAGUAACAAAUACCAGUUACAUUAUUGCCGUGUCACAUGACAACAGUUCCUACCUCCUCAGUGAAGAUGAUGGGGUCACAUGGGAUAUUUUGGCCAAUGAGGAGCUAGCUGAGCUACAGACAUUACCAGGAUAUCUGACGUCCAUCAGUUUUCCAUAUGCUGAUUACCGAGGGGAGACAGAUAAUGAAAUGUAUGCAGUGUAUGGAACUGACGGAGAUGGUUUCAAAUUGACAGGCACGCUGGAGGGCAUGCAGUGAAAGAUGGAUCAUGGGAGAUUAUGGCGUGGUGGGGUACCCAGGAUUGGAGUGCGCUGUAGACAGACAAUUCUUCGUGGUGAUUGAAAAAAACUGUUUCAUACUGUGGAUUUCGGUUUCACAUUGUGGAUUUUUAUUAAGUUUUGUGGAUUUUUAUUUUAUGUUGUUAUUUUAAUUUCAUCUUGUGGAUUUUUAUUUCAUGUUGUGGAUUUUGAAAAUGUUUUAUAAGUGUCUGCUGAUGUAUGCAUCGACAAAUAAUUAUUCAUAAAAGCUAUCAUGAGGAGAUAAAUUGUUGAGAAAUAUAUUCCAUUUUGUGCUACCAAAGAAGGCGAAUCGAAUAGAUCUGCAAACGAAUCUAGCUUUAUUUACAAUUAUAUACAGCCCAUUUCUUUCAUCAAGAGUUCAUUAUUGAUUAUUAUUUUUAUUAUCAUUUAACAGAUAUGAAUCCAUUUGGUUUAUAGCUGAUUUAAUAAGCUGUCCCCAGUUUCUCGAAACUUCUUAAGCUUAACAGGCUUAAGUAGCUUAUUUCAAUUAGCCGAAAUACAUACUUAAAUUGAAUUUUGAUAAAUGAAAAAUGGUCUUAUGUAAUCAACAUAUAGAUAAUUCCUAUCUAAAAUAUUAAAAGUCUUAGAGAAGUUAUUAUUUUACAAAUUAUUGAAAAACAAAAAUAAUGAGUUUAGCUUAAUCCUGUUAUGAUGGACUUAAGAAGUUUCGAGAAAUUGGGGCCAGAAAAUAUUUUGCAAAAAAAAAUGUUAUCAGUGUGUAGUGAUAUGCAUAACAAAACCAAUGUAAAAAAUGCAUUUAUAUAUUUGAGGCAGAAUUAUAUUACAAUAAGCAUUGAUAAAUAAGUAUUAGUACAACAAAUUCAUUUUAAAGGGACUUGUUCAUGUUUUAUUCAUGUUUGUUAGUAACCAUUAAACAUUUAUAAUUAAUAAAAAUGUGAUAGAAAAUACUUUGUUGCUUUACAGUUUGGCUUCUAAAAACAGACAAUUUGCCGGUCUGGACCGAUUUUGACCACGCCGGCCCGAUUUCAUGAACAGAUAAUGGUUAAGAAAUCGGUCUGAUUUAAAAAAAAAAAAUUUUGUUUCCGAUCCAAAACGUUCAAGUUAGUAAAAAUUGCAAUACCAAAACUUGGUUUGUCAUUCACACCCCAAUAAAAGUGAUAAGAUCACAUCCAGUGACGGUGUAUAGGAUUAGUAAAGUCAUUGAAUAUCAAAUUAUUUUAAAUGCUUUGAAUGACAAAUCAGAAACUGACAGUUGCUGUUUGGUGUUAAGAUAUCUUCAUAAAAGUAAGUCAAAUAACUCCAUU